CAACCAAAACCAACCACUGUUGCAUUUGAGUCGAAAGCUGAGAGUGAUUCUCAAAUUAGGGUUCCAAGAAAUCAAGAAGAAGAAGAAGAUGUCGUAUCUGUUGCCUCACUUGCACUCCGGCUGGGCCGUCGAUCAAGCAAUCCUCGCCGAAGAAGAGCGUCUCGUCAUUAUCCGAUUCGGUCACGAUUGGGACGAAACUUGCAUGCAGAUGGAUGAGGUGUUGGCGUCGGUGGCGGAGACGAUAAAGAACUUCGCGGUGAUAUACCUGGUGGACAUAACGGAGGUGCCGGAUUUCAACACCAUGUACGAGCUCUACGAUCCUUCAACGGUCAUGUUCUUCUUCAGGAACAAGCACAUCAUGAUCGAUCUCGGCACUGGCAACAACAACAAGAUCAAUUGGGCUCUCAAGGACAAGCAGGAGUUCAUCGACAUCGUCGAGACCGUUUACCGCGGCGCGAGGAAGGGUCGCGGUCUUGUCAUUGCUCCCAAAGAUUACUCCACCAAAUACCGCUACUGAUUCAUGGGGAUCUGUAAAGUACACGAGGAAGUGUGCAGAAAGUCUGCAAUUAUAGCAACUAGAAGUCAAGUGGUAUUUGGUUUACAUCCCUGGAUUUUGAAAACCAAUUGAAACACAAUCCAAUUAUAAGCAAAACUACAGGCUUGGAUCUGGAAAAAUGGGAACUUUAGCUUGCAAACUGUAACAAUAAACUUUUCAUCGAGUAAUAAUUGACUUUUUCCCCAAACACAAUAUACUUUUAUAUGUCACUGUUAAGGGUAGAUGACACCAGAAGUUGAUAAAUGUCUGUCCAAUGUCACUCACAGUGUUUAGUUAUGUACUCGCCUCUGCCCCUACUUCAAAAAUAGUGAAGGACCUGUAAUGAAAUUAAUCUCCCAAUCGCAUUUGUCAAUAUUGGGACCCUGUGAAUGCAAUUUCUAUAGCAGCUUUAUCUUUAGUCUUGAGGGUCUGUGAAUUGUAUGCAACAGCAAUUGCAGUUUUGUCCUAGGUUUUCCACAAUAUCAAUUAUUUCUAUGGGCUUUUUGUCAAGAAUGAAAUCUUAGUAGAAUUAUCCUUGGGAACUAACAAGGAUGAAUUCAGAUGGUAUUCCCAAAUCAUAUCAAUUGAUAGUACACAAUUUGAUCUGGAAUAAAAUACUAUUUUAUUUC